AUGGGAGAUGAAUUAAUUAGGGAAAGGCUUGACAGAUUCUUGGUGGGAGACACGUGGAGAUUUAGGAACGAUGCAGUUAUGGUUCGGAGGUUAACAGAGAAUGGAUCCGAUCAUGCACCUCUUUCACUCGAUAUUGAUCCACCAAAAUGGAAAUCAAAGAGGUGCUUCAAAUUUCAAGAAAGGUGUUGCGAGAUAGAUGAAGUGAAGAAUUUGAUUUCAGAGGCUUUAAGUACGGUUUUCCAAGCUUCACCAAUGUUUUGCCUAGCCCAAAAGUUGAAGCUUUGUCUUCACCGAAUGGUUCAGUGGCAACAACAAAUCUGUACCAAUUCUAAGAAAGAAAUAGAGAAAUUGACAAUGUUGAUGGAGCAGCUGCAUGAAGAAGGAAACCAUGGGGGUAAUGAGAUUAUAGUGCUGGAAAAUAGAUUGAAGGAAACUUUGGGGAGAGAAGAGAAGUAUUGGAAGGAAAAGUCGCGAUGCAAGUGGCUUAAAGAAGGUGACAAAAAUACGAAGUUCUUCCACCAUAAAUUCUAA